AUGUCGCAUGGCCUCUCCCCAUCUUCUACGCCACACUUCAAACCAGUACAACAAACAAAGGCUCACCCGACCUUCCAUUUCCUCGCCGGUCUCCUCUCCGGCCUCAGCACCUCCGUCCUCCUGCAACCGGCCGACCUCCUCAAAACCCGUGUCCAGCAAUCCCGCAACUCCACUCUCCUGCCCGUCCUCCGCUCUCUACUCGCCUCUCCUCAUCCGAUCGCCUCUCUCUGGCGCGGAACCCUACCCUCUGCGCUCCGGACCGGCUUUGGAUCAGCGCUGUACUUCUCGAGCUUGCACACGCUGAGGCAGAGGAUAGCUCAGAGACAGCAACGCGUCUCUACCGAGGGCGUCAGUCUGAGUUUGGGGGAUGGCAUUACGCCGAGCACAAGGCCGAGUUCUGUGCUGCCGCGGCUCUCGAACUCGGAGAAUUUGCUUACGGGAGCGGUAGCGAGGGUGUUUGCUGGGUUCUUGAUGAUGCCCGUUACUGUGAUCAAGGUGCGGUAUGAGAGUGAUUUUUACGCUUAUCGAUCGAUUCUCGGGGCGAGCCGGGACAUACUAUCAAGGGAAGGAUUGCGUGGGUUCUUCGCUGGCUUGGGGGCUACGGCCGUGAGAGAUGCGCCAUAUGCUGGUUUGUACGUAGUGUUCUACGAAGGGAGCAAGAAGAAGUUGAAUGGAGUCGUUGGAAAGGACGGAGGCGUAAUAGCAGCAAGCGUGAAUUUUGCAUCCGGAGUAUUUGCGGCCGGGUUAGCGACAAGCAUUACCAAUCCCUUUGACGCCGUGAAGACACGGCUGCAACUAUUUCCAGUAAAGUAUGGUAACAUGGUGCGGGCGACAAAGUUGAUGUUGAAGGAAGAUGGGGUCAGGAGCUUGUUUGACGGGUUGGCAUUGAGGAUGGGCCGAAAGGCAUUGAGCAGUGCGUUGGCUUGGACAGUGUACGAAGAACUGAUUGGGAGGGCGGAAAGAUUCUCAGAAAAGACAAGCGCAAAGAGUGUUCUAUAG